CUCUGCUCUUCAGUGUGUCCUUCAUACCUGACCCUCAGCAGACUUUGACUGGUGCAGAUUUGCUGGUGAUGGGGACACUUGUGUUGCCUUCUCCUUAGUCCACCUCUCCUGGCCGGGCUUCACCUUCCCCCGAGGACUAAGGGGGCGAAUGCUUCCCCCAAACAGCCUGCCUCCUCUUCUCAUCAGGCUUUCCUGGGAUGCCCAGCAGAACCCCCCAAAUUUAGCAAAUAGUACAAAGGCCAAGCCAAAGAUGAAACACAAGCAUAGGACAAUAUCCAGCAUCUUUCCCUAGGUGACAAAUCAUUUUUGCAGAAGGCAACAGCCUUUUUUCUGGCUCUUGGUCUUUUAGCCAGGCUAGGCUGUAACGAUGCAUCUACACAGAAGAAAAAGACUUCAGCUCAACCGAAUCCUGUUCAUAGUUUGUGUGAUGUUCCUUUGCUCCCUUUACCAACUAUCGGUUGAUCAAAAGAUGAAUUUAGAACCUUGGCCAGAGAUAAAUUUGGAAACUCCAAGCUCGGUGGAAGACGAUAAAGCAGAAACAACUAUAAAAAUGUCUGCCAGAGAAGCAUUGAAACCCACCACGACCAGCACCACCACCAGCACCACCAGCACCACCAGGACCACCACUACCACCACUACCACCACUACCUCAGCCCCAUCUACAGAAAACGUAACAGAAAGGACCAAAACCAGACACUGUAUUUUUGUGGACCCAGAUCCCAUAACACCCAUUGUUAAACCAAGAACCACAACUCCUAUUCCAACAACCACCACAAAACCCACCAGACCUCCAUUACCUCAUGCCAAAGGAGAAUAUCCUGAGGAUCUGUUCAGCAUAGAGCAACGCAGAAGCGGGUGGGUGUCACUGCACAUCUUUGGUAUGAUGUACGUCUUUGUGGCCUUGGCCAUAGUCUGUGAUGAGUUCUUCGUUCCAGCUCUGGGAGUGAUCACAGAAAAGCUCCAGAUUUCCGAGGAUGUGGCUGGUGCCACGUUUAUGGCUGCUGGUGGUUCUGCACCCGAACUUUUCACUUCCCUGAUUGGGGUGUUUAUUUCCCACAGCAACGUGGGUAUCGGAACUAUUGUGGGUUCUGCUGUCUUUAACAUUUUGUUUGUAAUUGGAACUUGUGCCCUGUUCUCCAGGGAGAUCCUCAACCUCACAUGGUGGCCUCUGUUUAGAGACGUCUCAUUUUAUAUUGUCGGUUUGAUUAUGCUGAUCAUCUUCUUCCUUGAUAACGUCAUCCUCUGGUAUGAGAGCAGUUUACUCCUCAGUGCCUAUUGCCUGUAUGUCCUGUUCAUGAAAUUCAACGUCCAGGUGGAGCGCUGGGUGAAGAAACAGCUUUCAAAAAGGAAGCGACUGGUAAAAGUAAUGGCGCUGGAAAACACAUCCAAGAAAGGCAACGGGUCAGUGGCACCGGAUGAGCCAAAGCCACCUGAAGACAACAACAGAUUAAAGCUGAAGCCAUUCCUAACCAGAGGGGGAAGCUCGGCCUCUCUGCAUAACAGUACCAUGCGCAGCACCAUCUUCCAGCUCAUGAUCCACACCUUGGACCCUCUGGGAGAAGCAAAGUUUAAGGACAAGGCUGAAAUCAUGAACAACCUGGCCAAGGCCAAGGUAGAGGCAAAAGGACUGAGACUCAAAGAUGCGAAGGAUGAGGGUGAGAUCCAAAACGCAGUGAAUGUUCAAGUGACUCCCCCGACGGGAUCCGAGCCAUCCAAGGAUGGAGAAGAUGAUGGAGACAAAGAUGACACCCAGAAGAGGACAGCAGACGCCCCCGAUGGAGGAGGAUCCGGGAGCAGUGGUGAUGACAGCGAUGAUGAAGAUGACAGCGAUGAGGAUGACAGCAAUGAUGAUGAUGAUGAUGAGGACGAAGAAGAGGCAGAUGAACCGUUAUCCUUAGAGUGGCCAGAUACCAAAAGAAAGCAAAUAACCUACCUACUCCUCCUGCCGAUCGUGUUCCCUCUGUGGCUCACCGUACCCGAUGUUAGAAGCCCGAAAUCAAGGAAUUUAUUUGGCUUCACAUUUUUGGCCUCUAUUAUGUGGAUCGCUAUCUUCUCAUAUCUCAUGGUGUGGUGGGCACAUCAGGUGGGGGAAACCAUUGGCAUUUCGGAAGAGAUUAUGGGGCUUACCAUACUUGCCGCCGGCACAUCAAUCCCGGAUCUGAUCACUAGUGUCAUAGUGGCAAGGAAGGGCCUAGGAGACAUGGCCGUGUCCAGCUCUGUGGGCAGCAACAUAUUUGAUAUCACUGUAGGGUUACCGGUCCCCUGGCUCCUCUUCUCCGUCUUUAACGGUUUCAGUCCUGUGGCGGUCAGCAGCAACGGCUUGUUCUGCGCCAUCGUCCUCCUCUUCCUUAUGCUCCUCUUUGUUAUAUUCUCUAUCGCUACCUGCAAGUGGAGAAUGAACAAGUUCCUGGGAUUCACCAUGUUCACGCUGUACUUUGUGUUCGUCAUCGUCAGUGUGAUGCUGGAGGACAGAAUUAUUAUAUGCCCUGUAUCUAUAUAAGCCCAACCUAAGCACACCCAACCCCCGCCAAGCAUAGGGCACCCACAAACUGUCGCUUCACCAUCUACUCAUAACAUACAUGGUGUGAACAGUCAUAAAUAUAUUUUCUUAUUAUUAUUUUUUAUAUACUACCUAGUAGCCAGCAAUGUAACCGAAUCUUGAAUAUCAGCCUAGGAAAUCCUUCCCUGACCUGUACACGGACUAUGCAACCAAAUGUUACAUGCUCUUAUAUAACAAUUAAGUCUACCCCCCACCAUUAGACAUGUCUGCCAAGAAAUAUGUGAACUCAGUUAAUAUUUUUAAACAUAAUAAAUAAACUUAAAACAU